AAAAAUACUAGAGGACCGGAUGCUUCCAUCAUUCCAUCGCUCAUUUCACGUUGUGUACCACCAUGUUUACACUUGUUCCCAUUUUGCUUUUCAUUUUCAUGUUAUCAGGUGGUCAAGCAUCGUUCCUCAAUGCAACUAAGGUGGCGUGCGGAAAGAGCAAGCUGUUGACUCCUCUGGCGGGCGGCAAAAUCGUUGGCGGAGUAGCGGCGGAUUGGGGUCAACUUCCGUUCGUCGUAUCUCUGGAAUCUCCUCGAGGACAACAGCUCUGUGGUGCGGCCAUCCUCAACGACCGAUGGCUGGCUACGGCCGCUCACUGUAUUGGCAGUAACAAAGCCCACCAAAUUGUGGCUAUUGCGGGUUCAUUGGAUCCUUCGUUGGCGUCGGAAGCGUCGAAGCGUCAAGUGUCGGAGGGCGCCGAGGUCCUAUUAGCUCCGGGCUACGUCGACGGCACGCGACUCGAUCUGGCUUUGAUCCGGCUCAAGCGGCCGUUCAAGUGGCGUAAAGGCUUCGUAGAGCCCGUCUGUUUGCCCGAUCUUUCAUCGUCGGUUGCUUCCUCACACCGUAUCGUAGCCAACGGCCGCUCCAGCAAAACUCUUCAUUCAAACCAAACAGGUUUCCACAACAAGUUGGCUGUUGUUGAGGAAGACGAUUCACGGAUCAACGAGGUCCGAAUGGCCACAGUGGCCGGUUGGGGCUGGAACGACGAGGACGGUGUGAAUAUGAGCACGAAAUUACAUCGAGUCCAGGUGCCUUUGAUGAGCCGAUCGGAAUGCGAGAAACGUUUUCUUACGGCCGGCUAUUCCAUCCCCAUCGACAAGACGAAAGUAUGCGCUGGAUGGCCGGAAGGCGGUAAAGACGCUUGUCAGGGCGACAGCGGUGGUCCCCUGGUGGUGGAACAGGAUGGUGUCAUGGUCCUAACAGGUGUCGUUUCAGGCGGAAUAGGUUGCGCUCGGCCCGGCUUGCCUGGAUUGUACACUAAUGUGGCACACUUCCUUCCUUGGAUGCUGGACAUUAUCAAAAAGAGGAAGUGAAACACUUCCUCUUUGCCUUUUACGAGAGCACAAUAAAUAAAAUAAAAUAGUAUAGACAUUAAAAAAAAAAAAACGGGGCCGGUUUCAGGACGUGGUGGGAAUUUUGUCAGGUUUUCUUUUUCCUCAAUACAUUCACAUGUUAAUCGUU